UUUAAUUUGAAGGUGUGUCUUACACCGCUGCAACAGGGUGUUUCCGGUAUAGCUGCAGCAUAAUACCGCGGUAUUUUCCCAAGCAGAUUGUUUUGGAUUACUCCCGCGCAGAAAUUACUAUAACUCUUCCCCCGCAUUUCUACAGGAUUUUACAGGGAAAAGGAAGGCUGGAGCUAGACGUUUGUGAUCCUAAGAAUGGUAGCAAGACUGCCAAUGACAAAGCAGCCAUGUGCUCUCAGUCACACGAGGGAGAAAAGGUUCACUCCCCCAGACCAGCUGAAUGCUCCUCUGUGGUUGAAAAGUCACGAUACGAUGCCUCUCUGGGUCUACUGACACUGCGGUUUAGAGAGCUUUUGAAACGCUCCUCUGAUGGCAUUUUGGACAUGAACCUGACUGCUCUCGAACUCAACACUGCAAAGAGACGUAUCUAUGAUGUCACCAAUGUCCUGGAGGGAAUCUCGCUGUUAAAAAAGAAGUCCAAAAACACUGUUCAGUGGUUGGGCGCUCCAUUCAAUAGGCCUGUAACGGAAGACUUGAUCAGGCUUGAAGAGGAGGAAAAGCAACUGGACGAGCAGAUAAAAAGCUGUACAAAACACAUUCACCAGAUGUGCACGGAUCAUUGUGUUCAGAAAUAUGCAUAUUUGACGCAUGAGGAUCUUCGAAAGAUUCCUAGUCUGAAGGAACAGACGGUGAUGGUGAUCAAAGCUCCUGCAGAGACAAAACUGGAGGUUUCACAUCCAGAUGAGUGCUUCCAGGUCCACCUGAAGAGCACCCAGGGACCCAUUGAUAUCUUCAUCUCCACAAACGACCAAAAGGAUGUUAAAGGUGUAAAAAUCCCCAAGUCUUCCGUCAUCCCUGCAGUUCCAAUGCCUUCACCUGAACACGAUUACACUGCAUCUCGAAUCUUAUCUGUCUGCCCCAUGAUGACAUCAUACUCGUCAUACUCAUCACCAGUUACCAUUCCCUUCUCACCCUCUAUGCCCACCUCCCUCCAGCUCACCUCUGAAGACUCACAGGACUUCUCACCUUUGACCUUCUGGCUUCAUGGACAGCAGUACAUCCUGAGCCUGACAGAAUACUAAAGCAUCACUGAUUACUUCCCUGGGAAAUUGGAAGGGAUUUAUCCAAUUUGCUAAGCUAUAACUUUCUUUCAAUUAUUUAUUUUUUCUAAUCUGAUCAUUUGCAAGAUGGUGGAUUUUUUUUUUUUUUUUUUUACACAAACUGGAUGACAGAAAACCCAAACAAAAGCAUGACCUGAAGUCCAAGUUAAUUUUUAGCAGCCUGGUACUGUGAAUGCCUUAUUGACCGGAAAGGAACGGCGGAACCAGAAGAAUGUGUCACCUGUUCUGGAAUGUGAUUGUUUGUGCUCUAAGCUCCAAAAUUGGGAUCAAGCUUUUCUCAGAUUUUUUUUUUCUUUUCUCUUGCAAGAAGAACUGCAAAUAUAACAAAUAUGCACUCAAAGACUUUGUUUUACUUUUGUUCUCUUCUGACUCAAAUUCUAAAAAAAAAAACAAAUUGUAAAAUUCCUUUUUUUUUAUUUCUCAUUCCUGAGGAUCUACCAGGUCAACAUCCCUCUCUGACAGGGGACAUGUUUCUACCUCUACUACUGAAUUAAAAAAAAAAUCACUGCUUUUUUUUUAUCUCACUUUAUAUUAAAGUAAAUGCAAAUACAAGAAACCACGUCUAUCUCAAUUUGUUUAGUGAAUGGAAUUUUUACAUGAAUGAUAUAUUUUGGUAUAUUGCUACUCUGUAGUUAGUUCCUGAAUGUACUACACUAACCACAACUGAACAAGUAAAUCAGCAGGUCUAAUUAAUGUGAAUGGUAUGUGGAUCAACUACAGCGUGACUCACCCUUCAUGUUCUCGUGACUGUACUAAUUUGAUGCGUCCGUAACUGUCAUGCAAAUGAACUGCAACCUACAGUAGCUCAGCAACAACCUGUCCUGUUGGACCUUCUCAGGGAUCACACACUUUCUUUGCAGGUACAAUGUAAUGCAGGUUUGAUAUUAGCACUUUUGAGUUACUGGAUUAUUAGUCAGAAUCAAUAAAGACACUUGCUGUACAGCUCAAACAGACAACACGGGCUUUUAGAGACGUGAUGAUGAUGUCAUAAUAAUGAAUACCAUAGAAAGACCAGACUGUUAAUGUAACUGUACAAAGAAAAUGUGUGACACUAAUAUCUUGUAACUGCUGAUGACGAUUUAAAAUAGUCUCAUGUAAAGUUGUUGUUCCUCAGCUGACCUGUUGUCAGCGUACGAUUUGCCAAAGUUGUGCUUGUUAAACUUUAAUGUUACUCUUUCUCUGGUUAGGGUUGAUUUCUGUGUCUAACUGAUAAUGAAUUAUUAGUUUAGAUCCAUAUUGUUGUCUUUUAUUCACCUCAGUGCCUGAAAUAUAAAUAAAAAGCUUUUAUUAC